AUGGAGGUAAUUGCAUCAAAUAAGGGUGGAAUGAAGGUCAUAUAUGAGGGGCAUAUGUACACGAAAGUAUUUGAGGGCAAGGUGUCCAUUCUUUGGAAGUGUGUGAGGCGUACACGUGGGUGCAAAGGAACCUUAAAAACAGAUCUCAAUCGGGCCCAACCGAACACAGCUAACCCACACAACCAUGACGUUGACCUAGUAGGAGCGGAGAUAGCAAAAGCGCGGCAGCAAAUGAAGGCACGGGCAUCGACAACCAAUGACACACCCAAACAAAUUUACACUGAUACGGUGAGAAAUCUGCCUAGAGAAGCACAGGGAAGUCUUCCGAGCCGCACCGUUAUCAGAAGGACAAUCUUAAAUCAACGCAGAGGACCUCUGGAGCCUGCAACCCUAGCAGAAUUGAACAUGAACCCAGAACAAACGAUGACGGAUGGGCCCAACCCAACGCAGUUCCUCCUAUACGACAACGGUCCACAAGCUCGGAGUAGAAUCAUUGCGUUCGCCACAGAGGAGUGUCUUACCCACUUCGCAAAUGCCCAACUUUGUUUUAUGGAUGGCAAUUUUGCCAUGUCUCCGAAACUUUUCAAACAACUUUACAUCAUUCGAGUGCCUCUGGGGGAGGUGGAAAUCACUGUGCUUUACGCCUUUUUGCAAAACAAAUCCAGAGAAACAUAUCAAGAAUUGUUCCAAGCGGUGCUGGACAAGAUUGCAGAACUAGGACUCCAACCCAUGCUUGCCACAAUCAUAACUGAUUUCGAGAUUGCCGCCAUGCGAGCAGCAGAGGCAGUUUUCACCCCUCAUCGAAACCAGGGGUGCUUCUACCACUUGACGCAGUCAACCUGGAGGCGCGUACAGGAGCUUGGUUUGGGAGAGCACUAUCGUGAAGAUGCUGACUUCCGCCACUUCGUGGGAAUGCUUGAUGGAUUGGCGUUCCUACCGGAAGGAGAUGUGGUGCGAGGCUUCGAGUACGUGAAUGCCGUCGCUCCUCCGGAGGGCAAUGCUCUAUUGCAGUACUUUGAGAGAACGUAUAUCAGAGGGCCUGAGCAGCAACGACAAGGACAGCAAUUCAACAUGCGCUACCGCCUCCCAGCCAUCUUCCCACCGCAUGUCUGGAAUGUGCAUCAGGCCACAAUAGACGGCAAUCCGCGCACAAACAAUGCGUGCGAGUCAUGGAACUUCGGCUUCUUAAAGCAGGUGGGAAAUUAUCAUCCGACCUUCUGGAAAGCCGUGAAAAACCUGAAGGCAGAGCAAGCAGCGGUUGAAGUCGCGAUUUCCCAGUUCAUGAUGGGAAACCCACCACGGAAGGAAACCAAGAGGGUGUACCGUGAUCUGCAGCAGAGGCUCCGCAACCUUUACAUGGACUUGCGUGAUGGAAGGCGCGACAUGGUACAGUUCCUUCACGCAAUCAGUCACAACAUAAGACCACUACGAAUACUGAAUGUGGAGGCUGAUGAAGACUAA